AUGGCAACUCGCACAUGGGAGCAAAUGACUCCAAAGCUAUCGAGCACAACGUUAACCACAUUGCAGGAGUUUGGGUUUGAUCAAACGACCCCAGUACAAGAUAAAUCCAUUCCACUCUUCUUACAGCACAAGGACGUCGUCGUAGAGGCCGUAACUGGUUCUGGAAAGACGUUGGCAUUCCUAAUUCCCGUACUAGAAAUACUACUGCGACGAGAAACCUGGCUAACCUCUCAUCAGGUCGGAGCUAUUAUCGUGUCCCCAACAAGAGAGCUGGCUAAACAGAUUCAUGCUGUGCUAGUCCCAUUCAUACAAACAUUGCAAGCAACUGAAGGAGGAAAACGUGUCCCUACUUCAGUCUUGCUUGUUGGAGGAUCAAGUGUAGAAGACGAUGUAGCAAAGCUCAAGACCAGUGGUGCUCACAUCCUUGUCGCCACCCCUGGAAGACUCGAAGACAUUAUGCAAAAGAACAUCUUGUUGUUUAAGGAACUGAGCAUACUUGUGCUGGAUGAAGCUGAUAGAUUGUUGGAUAUGGGCUUUGAACAAGCCAUUACAUACAUCAUAUCGAGACUACCCAAACAGAGACGAACUGCUCUAUUCUCUGCAACCAUGACUGAUGCUGUGAAUGAGCUAGUCAAAGCUGGCUUAAGAAACCCUGUAUCCGUUGUCAUCAAACAGCCCAAGAUGGACUUGGAUCAGAGAACACCAGAAUCCCUAAACAUAUAUCAUAUGAUCACCACAUACGAAGAAAAACUCCCAAUCCUGCUCAAUUUAAUGGCAUCAAAUCCAAACAAGAAAUUCAUUAUAUAUUUCGCUACAACUGCUUGUGUCGACUACUUUUACAAAGUAAUCACGAGUCUGACAGAGCUAGCAUCGACAUGGAGUAUCGUAUCUCUGCAUGGGAAGAUGGAUCCGAAAAGACGAGAAGCCGUCUUUGCUAAAUUCAACACCAUUACUACGCAAAGUAUGCUUUUAUGUACAGACGUGGCUGCUAGAGGCUUGGAUAUCCCAGAUAUUGAUUGGGUCGUUCAGUUUGAUCCACCUCAAGAUCCAAAAGCAUUUGCUCAUCGAUGUGGAAGAACGGCCAGACAAGGAAAAGAAGGUGCCGCUCUAGCCUUCUUGACAAAGGAGGAGGAUGCAUAUCUAGAUUUCCUGAGGAUACGGAAGAUACCCACCUCAGAGUUUGAUUCUAGUGUAUUGCCCAGAACAUACACUACUGCGUCAGUUGCAACAUUGCUCAGAAAACUCAAUACUCACGACCGUGAUAUUUAUGACAAGAGCAUAACGGCAUUUGUCAGUUGGAUUCGAGCCUACAAAGAGCAUCAUGCCAAUGCCAUCUUUCAGUUUCGAAAAGUGGAUAUUGCAGACCUCGCAACGGCUUUUGGUUUGCUAAGGUUACCGAAAAUGCCUGAAUUGGCUCAAAAGGAUACCUCAAAUUUCAAGCCAGCGCAGAUCGAUUUGGACUCUAUAAACUACAAGGACAAGCUCAGAGAAAAGGCCAGAUUGGCCAAACUCGCUGCCAAACGAGCCUCUGCUGCUGCUGCCACACCGCCUGUGCAAUUCGAUGUCAGGAAUAGUAAACCAUGGUCUCAACAAACAGCACGUAAAGAAAUGAGAGUAGAAAGACGAGAAAAACGAGUCAAGAAACGUGAGGCUAUUGCACGUGCUACUAGUACUCCAGUUAUUGAGAGUGGUAUUGCCACUACUCAGCAUACCAGUCAGCAGUCAUCAGGACCAAAGGGAAAGAAGAGAGCUGUCGUAGAUGAAGGUGAAUGGCUCGAGCUUCAAAAUGAAGUAAGACUCAUGAAAAAGAUCAAAAAAGGUCUGAUCAAGGAAGAUUCUGAUAUGGAUUGA